CCACCAGACCCACUAGCGCACUGCCACUGAAAAUAAUUCCCACGAAUUCCCUCAAUACUGAAAUGACUACAUUUUUAUAUAUGUAUAAAAGUCUAGAAUCCAUUACUAUAAUACCUUUGCUGGUUAAGUAUUUAAUUUGCUUUGUGUGACAGGUGAAAUCCGCAGCACCAUAAACGCAGUGUUUGGAUCAAUGCAACAAUGAAUGUGACGGAAGUUUUCAAAAGAUUUGCUGACAUCUCCAAUAAUGGAAAUUUCUCUGGCAAUGGAAGUAUGGGGCUCUUUGACAUCUCCCCUGUCAUAAACGCACUCGGCAACAUCUUCUCCAUUGUCAUCCUCUUCAUCACCAUGAUAUCCCUUGGCUGUACGAUGGAGAUUUCCAAAAUUAAGGUCCAUCUCUUACGGCCAAAAGGAGUAGCCAUCGCACUGCUGGCCCAGUUCAGCCUCAUGCCCCUGACUGCUUUCUCUCUAGCCAAAAUGUUACAGAUGGAGCCCCUGAAGGCCGUGAUUGUGCUGAUCUGUGGCUGCUGUCCAGGGGGAAACUUAUCAAACAUUUUCUCCCUGGCCUUAAAGGGGGACAUGAACCUCAGCAUUGUGAUGACCACCUGCUCCUGUAUCGCAGCACUGGGUCUGAUGCCUUUGCUGCUCUAUAUCUUCAGCCAAGGCUUCCCCGGUCUGGAAAAUGCUGUACCGUAUGCCGGCAUCAUCUUUGCUCUCAUGUUCUCCCUGGUGCCUUGUGGCAUUGGCAUUGCCAUCAGUCACUACAAACCAAAGUACUCAUCAAUCAUCAAAAAUGCUGGUCUCAGCAUCAUGGGUGUUACCUGCAUUGUAGGGACAAUCCUAUUUAGUGUUGCCUUCAAAGACGUACUGUGGAUGGUUCUGACACCUGAUUUUCUGGUCGUGGUCACACUGAUGCCAGUGAUUGGCUUUACGCUUGGAUAUGGCAUGUCUGUUUUAUGCAGACUCAAUCCACAAUGCAGCAGGACAGUCUCCAUGGAAACAGGGUGUCAAAACAUCCAGCUGUGCUUUACCAUCCUAAAAGUGGCCUUUCCCCCUGAGAUCAUUGGACCCAUGUUUUUCUUCCCCUUGUUAUACUGCAUAUUCCAGUGUGGUGAAGCCAUUCUGCUGUGCCUGUGCUUCAGAUGUUACCAAGUAUUCAAGCCACCAACUGACGAUGGUGUUGACUUUAAAAACGGGACAGAGGAAGAGAUUACUACUAUCAAAUGAGGAUGCACCUCUCACUCUCUCAGUAUCAC